GCGAAGGUCCGAUAGAAGAACUCAAAUAAGUAGCCUAGCGUAGGGCCAAAAUGGCGCUGCCUCUGCUGCCAGGAUAUUCAAUGAACAAAAACUUGGGCAAAGACAAAUUUCAUAAGUCACAGCAUUUUGACUAUACGAAUGGAGUACCAAUGUUGGUCGGAUCUGAGAAGCCAGGCAUUGGAGGGGAAUUGCUUCUAGGCCAGAAGCAAAAGCCAAAAUACUCUGUGUUUCCCAAGGGAGAAAAUAGUCAUGCGCCCUCAUGGGUAGCCUUUGACAAACAGGUGCUGUGUUUUGAUGCAUUUUUCCAAGAGGUUGUGCCUCAGAGCAAGGAAGAAAAAUACAGGAUUAGGAAGUGCAAAAUCUACUUUUAUCUGGAGGAUGACACCAUUCAAGUAGUGGAGCCAGAAUUCAAGAACAGCGGGAUCCCUCAGGGAACCCUGAUCCGACGCCACAGGAUUCCGCUCCCACCUCCAAAUGAUGACCAAUUCUACAACGUGCACCAUUUCAACAUCAACCAGGAGAUGGCGCUGUACUCCAGGACCUUUAAGAUCAUGGACUGUGACCCUUUCACAAGAAAUUUCAUGAGGAAAUUGGGAGUGCGCAUCAAUCCCACUUCCAGCGUUCCCGAGGAUCCUUAUAGUGACCUUCGUCAACAGAUGGAGGAGAGCAUGAAGCCUUUGCGUCCUUAUGAGAGACAGGACACUCUGAAGCAGUUUCUUGACCAUGACCGCAAUGUCCUGUGCUUUUACUGCUACUGGGAUGACUCGGAGAGCAUGUUCGGCGACCCCCGAGAGCUCAUAAUGCAUUACUUCCUGGCCGACGACACCAUUGAGAUCCGAGAGGUCAUCUACCCGAAUUCGGGCCGUGACGCCACCCCUAAGUUUCUUCACAGGAGUAGGCUACCCAAGCACGCUCCUAUUCCCGUAAGCCAGCCAGGGGAGAAAACAAAUCGCACUGUCCUCAAUGUGUUCGGACCGAUGGGACAUGGGGGACGCUAUAUUUUGGAUAGCCUGAAAACUGGUGCCGUCCAAGAGAACUUCUACAAGGACUGUGACUUGACUAUUGGCAGCGUCGUCAACGUCUGGGGCAGACGGGUGAUCAUUUGCGACUGUGACAACUUCACUAAAGAAUUUUACCGCACCAAGUAUGGCGUAGAGGACUUCACCCCUGUGCAGUACAAAGCUCCCCCAGCCCCCAAGCCGGCCAGACAGGUGCCCCCGUAUAAUGGCUUUGGAUCGGAAGAAGACUCCCUGUGCUCCUGCCAGAGCCUGCUGCCCAAGCCCCCGCAGAAGGACUUCAAGAAGCUGAUGGAGAAGGACAGGCAAGGUCUUGAGAGUAACGUGCUGCGAUUUGUCGGCAAGAUGGAGACCGACAAUCCCAUUGACAAGGAGCGAGUGUUCAUCAUCUCCUUCUACCUGAGUGAUGACACCAUCGCCGUGUUUGAGCCCACUCAGAGGAACACAGGAGUGAUCGGUGGUAAGUUCCUGGAGAGAGGCCGGGUGAAGAAGCCAGGCCAGGCUCUGUUCAAGAGCGAGAUGUCCGAGUACUUCACCGCGCAGGACCUCUACGUGGGAGCGCGACUCCUGCUCAACAACCAGCCCUUCCAGCUGGUGGAUGCUGACGAGUACGCCUUCAACUACAUGGAGCAGCAUGCAGAGGAGUUCCCAAGGGCCAACAUUGCCACCAUCCUGAGCAAGAUUAAAUCCAUCAGCAAGGAGAAGAAGACCCAGCUUCUGGCCAUGGCCGACUCUGGAGGCACCGGCUUCAUCCACUAUGAGCAUUUCAGGUCCUUGCUGGCGGCCACCGACUGCGGUCUGUCAGAGCACGAGAUCAUGAUGCUGGGACGCAGCUACUCGGAGCGGCAGGAGGCCGAGGCCGACAUGGCCAAGAUGCUGGCCGUGGCGCAGGACCACCUGAGGAAGAAACACUUCGAGGCCUUCGCCGACAUGGUCAGGGCGUUCACCCACGAGGACCGGAACAGGACCGGCCUCCUGUCCAGCAGGGAGACCCGCACCAUCUGCAAGGCCUUCCAGCUGCCCCUGACCGAUGACCUCCUGAGGGCUCUCCUCAGCAAGUAUGAGAGGGAGUCGGGGGAGAUUGACUACCACGCCUUCCUGUCUGGCAUCAACUGGAGGGAGAACCCCACACCACCAGUCCUCCCCGACGACAUGCUCAAGUUUGAUGUGAACUGGAACGGAACUCCACAGGGCCUGGCGGUGAGGAGCGUCCACUACGCUCUCCUGCUGGAGGAUGUCUUCGGCCCCAGAGGGACGGCGGCCACAGAGAACUGAACGGCAGUGCGGAUAAAGAGAGAGAGAGAGAGAGAGAGAGAGAGAGAGAGUGUGAAAUGGAGAGAAAGAGACAGAGAGCGGUCGGAAUAUCAGAUCUCACCUGUACCAACUGCCGGACCGCAAAAAAACAUCCGACCCUGUUUAUUUUUCCUGCCGAAGUGAAGCAAAAAUACAAGCCUCAAACUCC